UGGCCCUGGCGCGCCAUGGGGGCGGGGCGUGCGGCGGGACCGGCGGCGCGCGCCAUGGGGCACGGGGAGCCCGACCUGUACCGGGACACGUGGGUCCGAUACCUGGGUUAUGCCAACGAGGUGGGCGAGUCCUUCCGCCCACUGGUGCCAGUGCCGGUGGUGUGGGCCAGCUACGGCGUGGCCACCGCCUACGUGACCGCCGACGCCAUCGACAAGGGUCGGAAAGCUGCCACCGUGAGUGCCACCCCCUCCUCACCCCCCAGCCUCUCCCUCCCUGCCCUUCCACUGAGCCCUGUGUCCCCCCAGGCCCACGCGCAGGACCCCACUCGCGUGGGGGUGGCCGUGGUGGACACCUUUGUGUGGCAGAGCCUGGCCUCGGUGGCCAUCCCCGGCUUCACCAUCAACCGGCUCUGCGCCGCCUCGCUGGCCCUGCUGGGCUCCCUGACCCGCUGGCCCCUGCCCGUGCGCCGCUGGACCACCACUGCCCUGGGGCUGGCUGCCAUCCCCCUCAUCAUCACCCCCAUCGACAGGACUGUGGAUUUCCUGAUGGAUUCCAGCCUCCGCAAGCUUUACAGGACACCGGGAGAGCCCCCGACGUCCCACUGAGCACCGCCCCGCACACUCUGGGGAAACUGAGGCAUGCUGCUGUGACCCACCUACUGUGACCCCUCACUCUGGUGACCCCCAGAGUGGCCACCCUGCCCCACACUGGUCCUAAUAAACCAUUUCAAACGUGA